AUGGCCGACCGUCCCACCCUCCUCAUCCCCCAGGACAUCUCCGCCGCCCUCAGCCAGCUCCCCAAAGCCAUCAUCUACGAUUCCGCCAAGGACACCACUACCAACAGCAGCAGCUCGAGCAGCUCCAAGCACCACCGUCAGUCGUCGAGCUCGUCCGUGUUGUCGACUUCGAGUCCCCGCGGCGUUGAGUACUAUCCUCCGCCGCCUCCUCCGUCGCCGGUCGUCGGGUUGGGUGCGAGUGCGUUUCCCUGGGGGGCUGAGAAGAGCUCUUAA